GACAAUGAAGUAUAUGAAGUUGAACAAGUAUUAGAAGUUUGCUUUGGGGAUCCAAAGAAAACUGGAAAGUCUGGAUUGCACUUCAAGAUACGUUGGAAAGGUUAUGGCGAAGCUGAUGACACAUGGGAACCCAUUGAGGGUCUGAGUGGUUGUGAGCAGAAAAUGAAGGAGUUCAUUGAGAAUGGGUUUAAAGCAAGUUCUUUGCCUUUGCCAGGGAGUGUUGAUGUCGUAUGUGGUGGCCCACCUUGCCAAGGAAUAAGCGGCUUCAGUCGUUUUAGGAAUAGUGAAAAUCCAUUGGAGGAUCCCAAGAACAAACAACUAGAAGCAGCAUGUAGAUACAAGAAUGGCUAAACGCCAUUUCUCUAUGGUAAAAGUGGAUGGAGAGCUUUAUAAUCUUCAUGAUGAUGCUUAUGUUAAUGGUGAGAAAGGUAAAGACAAUUAUAUUUGUAAAAUUGUUGAGAUGUUUGAAGAUUUAGAUGGAAUGCGUUUUUUCACGGCUCAAUGGUUCUACCGAGUUAAGGACACUGUUAUUAAAUCACUUGACAAGUU